AUGCAGGCUCAUGGUCUCAGAAGCGGACAAGCCAUCCCGCUGGUGCGCAUCGAGGAAAUCUAUGAUUCAGGCGAAUCAGAGGGGUCCGUAGAGCCACGGUCAGCAACUCGGUCAACAGCCGGUCCUCCUGAGGAAGACGGAGAAGGCUGCUCGACGCUGCUUCGCUCCUACGACGAGUUGCAGGUUCAGGAUCUGCAGGACCUCCUCGUGCACCGGGAAGACGAGCUUCAGGAGUUGCGCCACGUGAUUGCCAUGAAGGAUCAUGUCAUCCGCUCCCUGGGAGAAGAGAUAGGCUCUGCAGAGGUGGCGGCGCAGGUCAUCUCAAUGAAGGAUCAUGUGAUCCGAAGGUUGCAAGAGGAGCUCGAAGAGACAAAGCAGUCAUUCUUGGAGAACUCCGGCACGCUGGGGCAGACGACAGAUGCCACGAUGUUCACGGCUCUGCCAGUAGAAAUGAGCACUGCCUACGUCCCUGCUGCAGGGGAUGUACUGGAUGAAAGGAUUGCCGACUUCAGCAAUGGCAGAAGGAAUUUGGUUAUGUUUACGAAGCUGAAAGAGCAGGGUUAUUAUCUCUUCGGUCGUCUGCUGGUCCAAUGCUUCGCCGAGAAUGUUGAAAGCUCAGUUAGGGGGGCCCGUUGCAGUCUGCUGCAGGCUGCAGGCAAGGACUAA